GCGCGUGCGCAGUCGGACAGCGUUUGGUGGGUACACUCUGUGCAGUACAGUGAUGUGACCCACCGAAAAACAGCGAGAGAAAGAUACCGGUGGUGCCGAGAGCCGAAAGAAGCGGCUGUUUCCGUUCCGAAGGAGACCAAAAAAAAUCGGUGAAGUCAUCUAACGGCGCCUCCCAUCUGAAAAGCAAAGACGCCCGAAGCGCGCACUCAAUCGCGCAACUUUCCUCGUAGGAUGUGACCGUACGGCGCGCUUGAUCCGGGGGAGAGGGGGGGACUAUCUGGACAACCGCACUCACUUAAACAGCUAGCUUUGUGUUUUUAACACUAUAUAGAUGCAUCCUGGGGAACAGUAUGGACAGUUCAGAAACCAGAGGGCAACGGCGUGAGUGAAGAUGACCUUAAAAGCAGCCAAAACAUGGUUUUUAAGACUCCUCCCGGUUGUGCUCUUCUUCAUCUGUUACUAUUGCUCCCAGUUCUACUUCGAGAGCUAUGGAGGCAGCGGAAAGUCCCCUGAGCCCACUGUUUCUCUAUGUCACAGCUAUCGCUUGCAAAGGAAAUGGGAGAGUCUUAAAUUAAACAUGAGCCGAAAGACUGAGCUCUUUCUAAAGCUGGAGGAUUUCUUCUGGCGGCAACAUCUGUCAGCCGAAGCUUUGCCUUAUGGUAUUAAAGGAAGUGAGCUCCUGCUUCUGAAGGUCUUGGCAGUGACUUCCAGCUACACAAUGCCAGCAAACACUGAGAGCAGCUUAGAUUGCAGGACGUGUGCAGUCAUUGGAAAUGGCUUUUCCAUAAAAAACAGUUCACUGGGGGAGAUCAUUAACAAAUACAACGUGGUGAUCAGGCUGAAUGAUGCCCCGGUGAGAGGCUACGAGGACGACGUGGGUAACAAGACCACGUUACGUCUGUUUUAUCCUGAAUCUGCCUCAUAUAAUCCUGGUAUUCACAAUAACCCAGAUACCCUGCUGGUCCUGGUUCCUUUCAAGCAGCAGGACCUCCGCUGGCUCAAAGAGAUCCUGUAUGAUGAGAAGAGGGUCCGAAAGGGUUUCUGGAGGCCUCCGCCCCAAAUCUGGCUUGGUCGGGCCAAUCAGAUCCGUGUUCUGGACCCAUAUUUCCUUCGCCUGACAGCCAGCAAGCUGCUUCAGAUACCCCUGCAACCUCGCAGACAACAGAAACCAGUCCACCCCACCACUGGCAUUCUGGCAGUAUUUGUGGCUCUGAACUACUGUGACGUUGUGCACGUGGCUGGAUUCGGGUACCCAGAGUUCAGGAACCAGAAACAGCCCAUCCACUACUACGGAAAGGAGACGAUGAAAUCCAUGAAGAACUCCUACCACGAUCUCAAUCAAGAGGCUCUCAUUCUUAAGAGACUGGAAGACCAGGGAGCCAUUUUGUAUCUUCAUCCUCAUUCCUGACACCCAGCCUCGACUUAUAUAAAUAACGAAACAUAAACAGGUGUAAAUACGACAGUAUCUUCAUCUUCGAUUGGACUGAACUGAAACACCCAGCUCUCACUGCAGAGCUGUUAGUUGUUUUUUCGAUCAUUUUUACCUGACCUUAGUAUUUAUAAUUAAUGAAACUUUUUUGCUUAA